AUGAUCAGCGCUCUCGAUGCCAUGGCUCCGCUCCUCUUCGUCGAGACACACGUCGCGCAGGUGAGGUACGACGUACUUCCACCUCCGGCAGUCGGCAGGGAGGAGGAGGAAAAGACCUGGCGCCCUGCGUCCCGCCCUGCGCAAGUGCGACUAGUCGGACCCCUGUCGUACCUCGAUGAGCAAGUAUCGUGUACCUCGAGCUCGACCCGUCCCCAAACGCUCGAUUACGGCCAGAACGGCCUCAGCAUGCAGGCCGCUGUGUACGAGUACAAGUAUCUUACAGCGGAUGGGCGGAGGGUGGAAAUGCAUCCACCGUCCGUGUGUACUCGUAUCUACAUGUACGAGCGCGAUACGUGGAUUCUCAUCGCCCCGACACGAUCCAGGCACGGCAUGCUGUUUGCGAGAGUGGCUUGCUACAUACUCACAAAGGUCAUCGAUACGCCGUUCUGA